AUGGAAACACCCCAGAAAGUAGUUAACUUAUUAACCAAGAGAGAGAUUGAUCACAAUGGGUAUGUAAAAGAUUUAGCUGAAUUUCUACAAUUACCGGAUAAAAUAGAUUAUUAUUAUAUAGAGCAGAUGGACUUUUUAUGUGCCCUAUCCCAUCUAGCUAUGAUACCACCGAUUGAUAUAAUGGAAAAUAGACCCGAUAUUUACAAGAAAUGGUCCAUAA